CAUGAAGUGGCGGAUCAUCGAGGAGCAAAUGAAUUUGUCGAAAACAUUUCUCUGCUGAACUCCCACAGUCUCUCACGUCGUCUUCUCCAUUUUCGUCAGUAAGCUAGAAGGUAGCAAUGGACCCUUCAGAUCUUAGGUAUUAUGAGGAUGACGACACUCCAACAAUGAAAACAAUCAAGGGUGCCACUACUGGUUUGGUUGCUGGCACUAUCUGGGGGACUGUAGUUGCUACUUGGUAUGAUGUGCCUCGUGUUGAGAGAAGUGUUGCUCUUCCAGGGCUUGUAAGGACACUGAAGAUGAUGGGCAAUCACGGAAUAACAUUUGCAGCAAUUGGGGGAGUAUACAUUGGUGUGGAGCAACUGUUGCAGAAUUAUAGGAUGAAGAGAGACUUUGUUAAUGGUGCUGUUGGGGGUUUCGUUGCUGGGGCUUCCAUUCUCGGUUUCAAAGGGAGGAGCAUCUCAACAGCUAUUGCUGCUGGGACAGCACUGGCAGUCACCUCUGCCGUGAUUGAUGCUGGAGGUCAGACAACAAGAAUAGACACAGGGAAAGAGUAUUACCCUUACACCACCAAGAAAAGACCUACUGCUGAUUCAUAAAUCUGGCAUGUAGCUGUUGAGAAGCCACCUCCAACUCAAUGUGAGACAAUCAAUCACUCCGCUGAACUGGAUAUAUGUCUUUGUUUUGGAGAUGUAAUCAUACUCUCAGUUUCCUUUUUUCCUGUUUUACAUUUGGAGUGAGAAUGUUCAUUUGAAUAAGAAAUGCCUCGUUAUUUAUCAAAAUCAUGGUAUAGAUGACAGUUUCUGAACUUAAUGAAUUUGGGAUAUUUAAUGAC